CACUUUACAAGGAAAGUAGGUUAAGACCAGUACAUUUCCAAACUUUAUCUUAUCAAAGACACGGUAUUUCAGAGUUCAUAGCCACUGUCAAUUGAACAUCAUGGCAAAACUACUGACAACUAUCGUAGCAGUAAUGGCAGUUUCCAUAGCAAUUGUUUUUGGUAACCCUGGUAGUACAGUAGAAGACAGCGAUGAAGCUAGACAUUUAUUUCAUUUAGCAGAUAAAAAUCUUGACUUCCUGUUAAAUCCAGACGAAAUGCAUUCCGUCUUUUUAGACUUUGACUUAAAUAAUGAUACGUACAUCUAUGUGGACGAAUUUAUCAAUGACUGGUUAUCGGACAAUUUGGGAACGGCAUUAGAGGCUGUGACAAUAUUCCAUCAUCUCGAUGUUGAUAACAGUGGCUAUAUCAGCGAGAAUCCAGAUAUGCCCUUCAUUAUCCACUUCUUUGACAGAGAUCUUGAUGGACAUAUAAGUCAAGCAGAGUUUGUUAUACAGUGGGUGAAGAUUAAAAACUCUUAAAGAUAGAUGUCAGUAACCAUGACAACUGAAUACGUCUACCUUAAUAAAGUUAUAUCCUA